AUGUAUUGGGGACAAAGAGAGGAGAGAAGAAGGGUUGAACAAACAAGCAGUGACUGGCGCAAAGAGAUAUUUGCCACGACCCCCCUAAUGACUGAAAUGGCGUGGGCAUCGUGCGUGAAGGAACUGCAAGAUAAAGCUUUUAUUUUCCGCGAGAAUGGGCAUGUUCGUGUCCUUGACACAGGAUCUACAUGUGUCGAUCGGAUACGACGACUCUGGGCUCUGGACGGGGUGUUCGCUGUCAAAUAG